UCUCCCUCAGAAUCUCUGCUUUCAUUUCACCUGCUCCAUUCGAUUCUUGGUCUGUUCACUGUUGGAGCUCUGAAACAUGACGACCGACCCAAACCCUAACAAUGGCGGAAGUCGGGAGGAGGCCUCUUUGAAGGUUCCCUCCAAGGACCCCAAGAAGAAGAAGGACGAAAAGAAGGAGGAAGAUCUUUCGGACGAAGAUUUAGCCUUGAAGCAGCAAUUGGAGCUCUAUGUUGAGAGAGUUCACGAUCCUGACCCAGGCUUGCAGAAAGUCGCCCUCGAGAGUAUGAGGCAAGAGAUACGAACCUCAACAAGUUCCAUGACUUCAGUUCCGAAGCCACUGAAGUUUCUUCGUCCUCAUUAUGGAACUUUAAAAGCAUAUUACGAUAUAAUGGCGGAUUCCCCUGAAAAAAAAUACCUAGCCGACAUACUUUCAGUUUUAGCGUUGACUAUGUCGGCAGAAGGAGAACGGGACAGCCUAAAGUACAGGUUAUUAGGUUCAGAUGGAGACAUUGGGUCAUGGGGUCAUGAGUAUGUGAGGAACCUUGCUGGAGAAAUAGCACUGGAGUAUGCAAAGAGACAGAUGGAGGAUGCCUCAAUAGAUGAUCUGAUGGAACUUGUAACGCAAAUUGUUGCUUUCCAUUUGAAGCACAAUGCCGAACCUGAAGCUGUGGAUCUGCUGAUGGAGGUAGAAGACCUCGAUACGUUAGUUGAACAAGUUGAUGCUACAAACUACAAAAGGACAUGCUUGUACCUCACCAGUUCUGCUAGCUAUCUUCCUGGACCAGAUGAUAUAUUAGUGCUCGAUAUAGCAUAUGUGAUUUAUUUAAAGUUCGAAGAGUACCCGAGUGCACUUCGAAUUGCACUUUUCCUUGAUAACAUGCAGUAUGUGAAGCAGUUGUUUACAUCUUGUGAUAAUCUACUCCAAAGAAAACAGUUCUGUUACAUUAUUGGUCGACACGGUGUUCCUUUCGGAUUUGAUAUGGAGAUAACUGAAGACGAUGAUGAGAGGGAGGCAUUGGAAGAAAUCGUUUAUAACACCAAGUUAAGUGAAGGUUAUCUUACGCUUGCCCGUGAUAUAGAGGUCAUGGAGCCAAAAUCUCCGGAAGAUAUCUAUAAGGUGCACUUGAUUGAUGGCCGGGCAAGUGCUGGUGCAAGUGUUGACUCUGCUAGGCAGAACUUAGCAGCUACAUUUGUCAAUGCAUUUGUCAAUGCUGGGUUUGGCCAGGAUAAGUUGAUGACUGUCCCUUCAGAGUCUUCUAGUGGUGGUUCUACUGGCAGCUGGCUAUUCAAGAAUAAGGAACAUGGGAAGGCCAGUGCUGCUGCGAGCCUGGGUAUGAUUCUGUUGUGGGAUGUCGAUUCUGGCCUCGCACAGAUUGACAAGUAUUUUCACAGCAACGACAAUCAUGUCAUUGCUGGUGCAUUAUUGGGAGUUGGCAUUGUCAACUGUGGUAUCAAGAAUGACUGUGACCCUGCAUUGGCGCUUCUAGGUGAUUAUAUCGGAAAAGAAGAUUCAACUGUUCGAAUUGGUGCCAUUAUGGGCCUUGGCCUCGCUUAUGCAGGAACCGAGAAUGAGCAGGUAUGGAAGAAACUAUCUCCGAUAUUGGGAGAUUCAAAAGCUCCUCUUGAUGUGAUUGCCUUUACGACAAUCUCAUUGGGCUUGGUAUAUGUGGGCUCAUGUAAUGAGGAUGUUGCCCAGGCCAUCGUCUUUGCCUUGAUGGAUCGGAGUGAGUCAGAAUUGGGUGAGCCUCUAACCCGGCUUCUGCCUCUAGGCCUUGGUCUUCUUUACCUUGGGAAGCAGGAAAGUGUUGAGGCUACUACUGAAGUCUCCAAAACUUUUAAUCACAAAAUUAGAAAAUAUUGUGAUAUGACGCUGCUAUCUUGUGCUUAUGCUGGGACGGGAAAUGUGCUCAAGGUUCAGCAUCUUCUGGGGCAUUGUGCUCAACAUCUUGACAAGGGUGAGAUGCACCAGGGACCUGCUGUUCUUGGGAUUGCUAUGGUAGCAAUGGCUGAAGAGCUGGGUCUUGAGAUGGCUAUACGAUCAUUAGAGCAUUUGCUGCAGUAUGGAGAGCAGAAUAUCCGAAGGGCAGUUCCUUUGGCUCUUGGCCUCCUCUGCAUUUCCAACCCAAAGGUCAAUGUUAUGGACACGUUAAGCAGACUCAGCCAUGAUACAGAUUCAGAAGUAGCUAUGGCUGCCAUCAUCUCCUUAGGUUUGAUAGGUGCAGGCACCAACAAUGCUCGAAUAGCUGGCAUGCUUCGGAAUCUUUCAAGCUAUUAUUACAAAGAAGCCAGUCUCCUUUUCUGUGUCCGAAUAGCUCAAGGUCUUGUUCAUCUGGGGAAGGGUUUGCUAACUCUGUCUCCAUUCCAUUCUGAGAGGUUCCUGUUGUCUCCGACAGCACUAGCGGGAUUAAUUAUCUUGUUGCAUGCGUGUCUGGACAUGAAAUCAAUCAUCCUAGGAAAAUAUCAUUAUGUUCUUUACUUCCUUGUAUUGGCGAUGCAGCCUCGAAUGUUGUUGACUGUGGAUGAGAACCUGAAACCUUUGUCGGUGCCUGUGCGGGUAGGUCAAGCAGUAGAUGUGGUUGGCCAGGCUGGUCGGCCCAAGACCAUAACUGGAUUCCAAACACACUCAACCCCAGUUCUGUUGGCUGCCGGUGAUAGAGCUGAACUAGCGACCGAGAAAUACAUUCCACUUUCGCCCAUUCUGGAGGGCUUCGUCAUCUUGAGAGAAAACCCGGAAUACCAAGAGGAUCGCUAGGCUUGAUUGUGUAGCAACUUGAAGAUGACAAAAUUCCUUGGGGCCUAGUGUAUGUCCGAAUUUGUGGACUGGCCUGGCGUCAUGCAUGAUUCUGAUAUAGGGAAGUGACUGUUGCCUCGUGACAAGGGAAAUCACCUAUGGAAGAAGUUUUCUGCUAUCAUUUAUUGAACUAGGGGAUGAAAAAAGUGUGGUCUUCCUGUGUAAAGUGUUCUUUAUUUGGUUUAUGCCUGGAAAUAUCUGUUUUUCUUGAAAGGGAAGGAAGAAAAGGGGGAGGUGCAGGGGAAGAGAAUUGGUUGUAUCUAAGACAAUAGCUUUGAGGUAUAUGCAAUGUCUAUUUUUCUGUUCCCACUAACUGUUUGAUUGAAUUGUUAAAUGUCUCGCUGAUGAAAAUUUUCCCUCUCCAGAGGUCUUAGAAAGUUUCCCUGCUGGGUUUCCCAGUUGAACAUCUCGUCUACAUGGAUUUAUUU